GCUCGCGAACCUCCUCCACCACAGGGGCGGCACAGCCUACAGUAGGUACACACACGCGCAUAUCUCCUAUCUCUUUCUCACCUCCAGCAAAACCGUAUCGAGUGAGAGCAAGAGAGACGGACGUAUACAUAAUCUCGCGUAUAGGUCGAGGAGACUUCGCCGCGAAAGAUAGCAGUAGUCCGCUAAAGCCGCCCGUAGUAGCAGGCGACGUGUGCACUGUGCGCGCGCGAGUCGAGUGUGUCGCGCGUAUAUAGGUGUGUCUACCUACUACUCUGCCGCCUUAAGCUCUCUUCCGCGCGCGGGCAACGAGAGAGAAUAUAUAUAUAUUGUACGCUACACGAGCGUACAUUCGUCUCGCGAGUGCGACGAUACGCGGAUUAUUGUAAUAAUAGUCGGUCGCGAUCAUCUCUCUUAUAACCUCAAACCCGAAAGAGAGAGAGAGAGAGAGCGAAUUAAAGGAGAGGAGCGUGUGUGCAUAACAUAUAUAUGAUCAGGCGCCGCCGGUCCGCGGAUAUAUAGAGCUGCGUCCGGUGUGCCGCCGCCGCCGCACGCGAGUAUGCGACAUAGUAUCGGAAUAAUCGGAGCCGUGCGUUAAGUGUGUGCUUCGCGUACAGAGAAAGAGAGCAGAAGCUUCUUCCUCCGGGUGCUGUACACCUAUCUCUCUUGUCUCUGAAAAAGAGAGGAGAGAAAAAAGCUAGAAAGAGAAAGAGAAAGAGCGAGCUCUGCCGCCUAGAGGGAGAAGGAGCGACGUCGAUUGAUCGUCGAGAGAGACAGAGUCGCCACUGGCGGCGGGGCGAGCAGCAGCAGCAGCUACCAGCAGCCAGAUAGCUCAGGCAGCGCACACACAGGCACACACACAGACACACACACACAGAGCGCGCGCGAUUAUCAUGGAGGGCGAGGUGGACGUUCUCGGCUUCCUGCUGCCCGCCUCGCGGCCCGGCGCCGGCCACGAGAUCAGCCCUAUACCUCGUCGUCGACGCUGCAACGAGUUCUGAUUCCCGUACGCUCAUCGUUGUUGCUGCUCCUGUCUUGUCUGCUCGCUCACUCUCUCUCUGAACGGGAGACGAGGAUUCCUGGUCGGAACUUGUAUGAGAAACAGAGGUGAGGAUGAGGAUCACCUUCUGUGCCCCAGAGGACGCAGACUCCCAAGUGCAGCGGACAGAGCAACUAGAGCAAGAGAUCUUACUGCCGAAGCAGCAUCCAGAGGCAAAGAAAUGACUCUGCGCCUGGGCACCGGAUAGCGGUUGCUUAGUUCAAUUCCAAGAAGAGUUAGUGGUGUGUUCGAUGGAAUGUUGCAUGGAUAGAGGAACGGUUUGCGUGUUAAUGUGGUGACCAGUCGAAGAAAGGCUUUGUUCGAGUGUGUUAAGUCUAGAACAAAAUGUGGAAUAUGAUGUGUGACGUGAUGCCGACCAUCGUGGAGGACAGUAUCAGCCAGCGGAGCUCCCAGUUCUCCGGCGAGGAUGCCAACUUUGAGCACCUCAUGGUUUCCGUGCUUGAUGAGCGAGACAAGCUCAUGGACUCGCUCAGAGAGAGCCAAGAGCGUCUUCAGGAAGCUGAAUCCAGGCUGCAGGAGCUCGAAAAAGAGAGGGAUGCACUCAACCGUCAACUCGAUGCCAACAUACCUCAGGAAUUCUCUCAGCUGACGAAAGAACUGACGACAGCCCGAGAAAGCAUCCUCGAGAAGGAGGAGGAGAUCUCGGAGCUCAAGGCUGAGCGCAACAACACGAGGCUCCUGCUGGAACACCUGGAAUGCCUGGUAUCGAGGCACGAGAGAUCGCUGAGGAUGACCGUGGUGAAACGUCAGGCAGCCGCGCAAUCGGGAGUCUCCUCCGAAGUCGAAGUGCUCAAAGCCCUCAAGAGCCUCUUUGAGCAUCACAAAGCUUUGGACGAGAAGGUGCGCGAAAGAUUGCGCGUCGCUCUCGAGAGGAACACGAGUCUGGAGGAGGAACUCGCCCAUACCAAAGAAGAGCUUCAGCAGUACAAGGUGAGCGGCCAUGCGCCGAAAUCCCUGGACGAUCGACCUAAGGAAAACGGCCAGGCGGAAGACAGCAACCAACAGCAGCAGCAACAGCAGCAGAAUAAGCCGAGUCCAGCCGAGCAUCAGACGACGCCGAGCACGGCUUACCAGCAGCAGAAUCAGCAUGAGGCACAAAGGGACGCGCCGUCCAGCCGACUGAGCAACGGUGCGCUGGACCCGAGUGACCAGGACUCGGCCGCCAGGGUAAUUGAGUUACAGGCCAGCCUCGACAAGCAGAGCGUAGAGCUGAGCACAUGGCAACGUCGAGUAGCAGAAAUGAGCAGCCGAGUGGCCGAGCUCGAGGAGACGCUGUCCAAGACGCAGAAGGACUUCCUCAAGGCACAAGACGCAAAUGUCAAGCUGCAACGCGACCUGCGCGAAAAUCUCGCCCAAAAAGAGGACCAAGAGCAGAGGAUAGCUACCCUCGAGAAGCGCUCUCUCAACGCACAGCGCGAGGCCAUCAGUCUCCAUGACCUCAAAGAGAAGCUCGAGCAGGAAUUACAGCACAAGACGGCUCAGCUCAAGUUCCAAGAGGAGAAAAUAGCAGCUCUUCAGGCGAAACUGGAGCUCACCGAGCAAGAGCUGCAGCAGUUCGCCAAACUGCCCGAGAUGGAAGAGCAGCUGAAGCAGAGGAUGGAGGCUCUGACGCAGGUGAGGAGGCCCAACCAGCAGGCUCAAGAGAGACACGGAAGUGCGGAGGACCGAAUCCAGAGGCUGGAGACGCAGCUGGAGGAGAAGACUGCCGAGGUCAUCCGGCUCAAUCAGAGACUAAAGAUGAACGAGGAACACAACACUAGGCUCAGCUCGACCGUCGAUAAACUUCUUUCCGAAUCCAACGAGAGGUUACAAGUCCAUCUGAAGGAGCGCAUGCACGCAUUGGAGGAGAAGAACGCUCUGACGCAGGAGCUGGAGAAGAUGCGCAAGGUCGCGGAGGACCUGCAGAACGAGAAGGCCGAGAUAAUGAAGGAGUUGGGCAAGGCGCGACUCGAGAUCGACAACGUCAAGCGCCAGAUGCUCCAACAAGAGAUCGCCUUCAACAUCCAGCAGACUGACGCAUUGACGAGAAGCCUCUCACCCAAUGCCGUCGAUCCGGGCUCGUUCUCGCGUAGUGCCAGCCACAGCAGCUUCGACACGCACUCGUUGCCUCGACGGGCCGCCAAAAGGAUGGAAGAAGAGUCCAAGCGGUAUACCGAAAGCUUUGGAAUGUCGCCACCAGAUCACAUUGCACUGGGCUACAUCGCGCGGACUCUUGCGGAGCAAGAGUGGGAAAAACUGCAACAGGCUCAUGUCCUGGCGAACGUGCAGCAGGCGUUCGACGUGUCGAGCGAUGCCGAGGGUGAUGGUGACAACGAGAGUCUGCUCAGCUGCGCCGCCGACGUCAUGAGCCCAACUGGGCACACGGAUGCUCAGGCUCUUGCCCUUAUGCUUCAGGAGCAGCUUGACGCCAUCAACAAUGAGAUCAGGCUUAUUCAGGAGGAAAAGCAAAGUACAGAGGCGCGAGCGGAAGAGCUGGAGUCAAGGGUGGGUAGUUUGGAACAUAUGAAUUUAUUAGCACGAGGCCGAAGUCUCGAACGUGCUUCUCCUCCACUUAGUGGCAGAUCCACCCCAAAAUCACAUCACAGCCCCAACCGAGACUACUUGCACAAGUACCAUACUGCACCAGCGUCAAUGUCCCCAGCACAUCUUCAUCAAUACGCCGCGUCUUUGGCUAGUCCGGGUCAACUCUCCGAGUCACUUCCUGCGAGCCAGUUGCAGCUCUCCGGCGAGGAGCUCCACUCGGUCUCGGAGAGGGACAGCACGGGCGGCAUGGGCAGCGGUGGAAGCGAGGCGGCCUCGCCCCUCACGGCGAGGUCCCUCAGGCUCGAGCGCGUCGUCCAGCAGCUGACCAACAGUCAGGAAGAGCUCAGAAGACGUGCCAACCAAAGCGGAUUCCCAAGCGGCGGCUACUCCAUGCACAGGCAUGGGCAGCCUAACAACGGGGCACUCAAUUCUGGGACUCCGUCCCCAUUGUCCUCGCGCCACAGCAGCCAGGACAGCCUGCACAAGAACAACCUGGCCUGCGGCCUUCCUCUUGGACAGUUCGCCGGUUCCCAUCAGUUCCACAUGCAGGCGACCAUGAGUCCAGCCACGGCGGCAGCCGUUGCCGCGGCUCAGAAGAAGAAGGGUAUCAAGAGCAGCCUCGGCAGGUUCUUCAGCAAGAAGGAGAAGAUCAAGGGCAAGGAUAUGUCAAUGCCUGGUGAUAUGGGCAUGGGAGUCAGUACACCCGACCCCGAUUACGGCGAAAUCGCAGCAGGUUCAGUAGCUGGAACGCUCUGUAACAAGGGCGAUUUCGAUCGUAGAAAAAAGAAGAGUAUGCUCGACACGUCGAGGCACGAGCUGCUGACGGAGGCGAUGAAAGCCGGAACGCCGUUCGCUCUGUGGAACGGGCCAACGAUAGUCGCCUGGUUGGAGCUCUGGGUGGGAAUGCCUGCCUGGUACGUUGCCGCCUGUCGGGCCAACGUUAAGAGCGGUGCUAUUAUGAGUGCGCUCAGUGAUACCGAGAUCCAACGCGAGAUUGGCAUUAGCAAUCCAUUGCAUCGACUGAAAUUGAGGCUGGCAAUCCAGGAGAUGGUCUCGCUGACGAGUCCCUCCGCCCCUAAAACGUCUCGGUCGACUCUGGCUUUCGGCGAUAUGAACCACGAGUGGAUAGGCAAUGUUUGGCUGCCGAGCCUUGGUUUACCGCAGUACCGGUCUACUUUCAUGGAGUGCCUUGUAGACGCCAGAAUGUUGGACCAUCUCACCAAGAAAGACCUUCGAGGUCAACUUCGAAUGGUGGAUAAUUUUCAUAGAACGAGUUUGCAAUACGGUAUUUCCUGCCUAAAAAGAUUAAAUUACGAUAGGCAACAAUUAGAAGAUAGAAGACGAAUGGCUGAGGGUGCAAAUGUCGAUGUACUCGUCUGGAGUAACGACCGAUGCAUCAGAUGGAUACAAUCAAUAGGUUUGAAGGAAUAUGCAAAUAGCCUUCUUGAAUCUGGAGUUCACGGUGCCCUUAUCGCUCUAGACGAAAGUUUUGAUGCUAACAGUUUUGCAUUGCAGCUGCAGAUACCAACGCAAAAUAUACAGGCAAGACAAGUUCUGGAGAUGGAAUUCGCAAAUUUAUUAACGGUAGGGACCGAAAGGCGACUUGACGAGACUAACAGUAUGAAAUCUUGAUCAAACUCGUCGAGGCUUCAGAACCUCCAACCCCAUCACGUCUAGUCCAAAACCCCAGCUAUUACUACUAUCUGUGCGCAAGUGUAUUCCAACAGUUGUAUAAGAGCUUUAUGUUUCACUUCUAAGGGCAUCUUCACAAGACAUCGGAAUGUGACACGUGGUAAUGUAAAAGGAAGAAAAGCAAAAAAAAAUCGUAUUUAUAAUGGUUCUAGCAAGUACUAAUAAAAUUAAAGUCACGCGCGAUGACAGGAAGUUGAAAAACUAUUUAAAAAAUGCUCCUAAUCUAAACUAUAUGGCGAGUUUGUAAUGCCGCGUGUCAGAUUAUCCUCAGUAGAGUGUAGUUAAUCAUUAAACAAAAAAAUGAAAUGAAAGAGGGAAAAUCAUACAAGCUCGUAUAGAUACCGAAACGUAGUACGCUAUCAUUAAACGUAAUUUUGCGCCGUUGGAAGCGGUAAGCAAAAGUGGAAAAAUAUUUAAAGAAAAAAGAAAAAAAGAAAAAGUGUACCUCGUUUUGUCAAAAGCCGGUAGUAUUUCGUUACGGGCUUUCGUGACAAUAAAAUUGUCUGGAUGGUAUAUCCACGCGUUUGACAAAAAAAAAUAAUAAUAAUAGAGCGUAACAUUUUGUACGUGCAUUUUGUUACUAUAACUUCCCCGCUGCUUAAGAUCAUCACAAUCUUAUACGUAAAACAAAGUAAUAUACCCCCUUCGGCACGAGAGAUUCGGUGAUUUCGUGCCGCGCACAAAGUCGUACUUCAGAUAUUAAACAAAUAUUAGUGUACAAGGGAAAACGGAAGAAGUUAAAACGUUCAGUAUUACCUGUUACUGAUAAGUGUCGAAAUGAAUCGCCGUUCUCUCUCACAAUGGCCGAAAGACAACAGAAACAGUGUCCUAAAUAUUAACUUCUGUGCCUCCGCGGUACUGUAACGGAGAAAUUCGUUGAUAUGCAAAAUUGUAUACACACACAUUCACUAAAUCUUUUUACGCUAUAUUCUUAUGGUAUUAGUAGAUAGUUUGUUCAAAAUCAUUUUCUAAUCUUGAACGAUUUGAUAUUUUCAGAAUAAUCUGUCCUUACAGAAUAUUGGUAUUUUGAAAUUUAUAAGAAACAACAUUUGUGAAUCGUUACUUUGAUAAAAGCUUACUUGAUAAUGAUUUGUACUCAAACUAUUCGCUAAUACUAUAUCAUAAAAAUGUUUAAGUUCGUAAAUUUUACGCAAAAGACUGGUACCUAACAGAAAAAUUUUUAGAAAGUCUGUAAUUUAAAUGUAAAUUAAAGAAUUUUCCUAAAAAGUUUAAUUUUUAUAUAUAAGCACUUUGUUAGGUCUUUUAACAGUAAAUUACAGGAUGUUGCGUGUGAAUUAAAUUUUUUCAUACUUUGAAUGUUACGAAAUGUACAAAUUUUUCUGUCAAGGUAUCGUUACACCUAUACAAGUAAACGCAAGCGAUAUAAACUAUGGACUGAGCGAUUGAGGUGAAGAGUUAAAAUAGGAUUUUUCUUCAUUAUCCUGCGGGAAUGAAACUAAACAGUCAUUUUAUACCAAAAUAUUCAUUGCUGCAUAACUAGUUAUAAGCAUAUGAACUUGAUAUGUAUAAACGUAAUUGCUGAAUAACUAAUAAUUAACUGAUCCUAUGCAGCGGCGUGCGGACUCCAUUUGAUUUUUAUUAAAGCGAAAAGACAAGAUUGUGCAAAUCAAUCGAUAUAACUAUUUAGAGUUUCAUUGGUUCGAUGAGAGAAUAACGAAGACACUUAAUUUUUGUUGUACGUGUGUCGUAUGAACCUUGUCAUAUAAUGAGAAUUACAAAAUGUGAUUUACAUAAGUCUUCAGGGCAGAGAGAUGCAUUGCGUGCAAGAUAAACACUGCUUUAUCUAAAUACGAAAACACAACUUCUUUUAACCAUCCUAAUCAUGUUUUGUAAAUUUGUUAGUCGAUGAAGAUUACAGUAUUAUAAUUAUUGAGACGA